GAAAACGUAAGCCCUUUUCUCUCCCCAUUCUCUUCCUCCCCAUCCUCAUCCGUCCCGUUCUCAUCUUCCAUCCGUGCUUCGUUCUUCAGAUCUAAUGGCCCCACGUUCGUCUACACAACUCAGCAAUAAAAGCACGCCUGUAGCCACGUGGAAACAGCACAGCAACCCCAAAUGGUCCCUUCUCCACGAUAUGUCUGAUUCAAAAGAGAAACGAGCGUGGCAGACUAUCACUGAAAUUUUUUUGGCUCUUGGCGUUUCUGCGCAGAGGCUGUCGAUGUUGGCAUUUUGCCAUCAAAGAUGAGGAUUUAGGGACGCGGAUCUCAACGGUUUAGAUGGAAAGAGGCAGAAAUUCUAGGGUUUUAGUUCUCUUUGUAUAAAGAGAAAAAGAAAAGAAAAGAAAAGAGGAUUUGGAGAUCUGGAGAUUGGAGACGUCGCCGACAUUAAAACGGAAAAAGGGGGGGAAGAAUCGAAAAGAAGAGGAGAGGUCGGAAAGGAAGUGGAUUCGGACCGGCUCUGGUUUCUUUAUUUUUUGGAUGAUCUUCCAGUCCAAAUCGGCUAGUAGAUCAGGGAAUAGAGGGGAGUUGUGAGCUCCGAACUUGGGGCUUUAGGUACGGUGACUCUUCUUGUUACGUAAUUUCUUAUUCAGAUCAAUGAAAUAUUGUAGGACUAUGCCUAUAUAUUCAUUCUGAUUUGUGCAUUUAUUUUUUGGAUGAAUAUGUGUAUGUGAACUUGCCGCUGUGAUUUUCUUUUUCUAAAAUCAGUGAUAUUUAUCUAGGAAAACUGAAACUUUCUGGAAUAUGUCCCUGUAAUCUUUGCGUUCGUACUUAACACGUAUUGAUUAAGCAGGCAUUGUGAAUUUAUCACGUUGGAGGAUCAACUCAACAUUGAGUUUCCUCAAUUUAGGCUCCCUAUUUAGUUCUAUUUAGUUCUAUUUUUCAUGAAAUGCUCUCUUGCUUUGAUCUUGUAUUUCCAGGAAAGAGAUGAUUUUUGUUUGUUACUGUUUCUCCAAAAAUCCUCUUGUGCCUUCGCAAGUAUAAAAUUUGGAUGCGGGCUUACCAUUUAUUUUACAGAAAGUAAAAAAAGGAGGACUUUUCUAAAAACCCUCUCUUUCUUCAUGAUCGCCCUGUGGAUGCAGGGAAGAAUGUUGGAUUAAAAUUGAAAUCUACACUUUCAAGCUAUUUGAAAGAAAGAGGGAUACAUUUUGCAGAAUGGAUUACGAAAUCUGUUUUGGACAACUCUAAGGACUUAAACAUUAUGGUGACUUAAAAUUAACAAAUCCUAAUUGAACUA